GUCGUUAAUGAUUUUAGUAUAUAAUAAUCACAUAGAAAAAACGAAGUGGUGCAUUUUUAAUAGACGACACCAGUGCGCAUUUCGAAGAGAAUCGUUCAACAUUAACAGUUAAUGAUCGCUGUUAUUUGAAAGUUACCAGAACAACAACAGAAUGUAUUCGGCCGGUUGUAUUUGGAUGCUGUUAAUUGCGGUUGGCUGCGCUUCCGUUGGCCUGACGCAGGCCUAUUCGGCUCUGCAGGAUGCUCGAAUUAUCGCUGAGUACAGGCGGCAGCUGGGACUGAAUCAUACCAAGAUCGCUAGGGAAUUGGUGCAUCGUGCCAAUUGGGCGGCAGUGGGCAGCAUUUCGACCAAUGACGUUGUGAAUGGCUAUCCCAUGGUCAAUAUUAUCUCCAUUGAUGACAAUAAUCUGAAGGGCAAAUCAUCGGGCAUAAUACGCUUCAUGCUAACCGAUCUGGAUUUCACAGGGCCCGAUUGGCAAAACGACAACAAAGUGACCUUUAUGUUUACGGACGAACAAACGCUGAACUGCAAGAAUACCAACAAGGAUCCCAUGGAACCCACCUGUGCGCGUGUCAUAAUCAGUGGUCAGGUCAUAAAGGUACCAGAGAAUUCUCCAAGCUUUAAGCAGGAACAAGCUAUAUUUAUCAAUCGCCAUCCAGCAGCGGCUAACUGGAUCAAAGUACAUGCUUUCUACCUGUGCGAAUUGGACAUUCAGAAUAUAUUUGUACUGGAUUUCUAUGGUGGUCCGCACAAAGUUAGCGCCUCCGACUAUUACGCCAUUAAUAUCUGAACUGACCACGAACACUAAUACUGGGCUAUACUUAGGGGUAUUUGUAUAUAAGAACACACACUCGACGCCCCAAUCUUUUGUUUACUAACCAGGAAACAACAAAUACUAAGUUAAAUGAUAAGCAGACUUUCACAUUGAACUGACGAUUGAUUCAUAUAUAUACAUGUAUUCAUAUAUAUAUAUAUAUAUAUAUAUAUAUAUAUAUAUAUGAAUACAUGUAUAUAUUGCCAUUGUUUUUUGUUAUAAUUAUAUAUAUUUUUUUUGUUUGUUUUUUCAAUUUAUCAAUUUAUCCCUCUUUGUCUCUGUCUCAACACAGACUUUUAUGUGAUAUUGUAAUUCCAAAUUAUAAAAAAUUGAUAACAAAUAUGGCAUAAAAUGUGACCUAAGAACAAAUAAAUUUUAAGUUUCGGCAACAAUA